UUUGUUUCUUUUAGAGAGCGUCUCACUUGUGUGUAUUCCAGUGCAGGUAUGCAGAGCACACAGAAACCCUUCUGCACAAUAUUUAGUUCAGGCUUGUGCUUUUGAAGCACAAGACUCUUCUCAAAAGGCCCUUCUCAGUCUGAGUAAAUCCUGCUUAGUUUGUUGUGGGGGUUUGGUUUGACUCAACCACAUGAUCAGAGUCAGGUGAUGGAAUUGGGAACAAAAACUUUAAAAAAGGACAAACGGGUAGCUCUAGGAACUGAGUAGCUGCUCCCCCUUGGUGAGGACCUGUCUCCCUUGGAAAAUGGGUACCUAUCCCCGGUCUCUGCUUUGGAGUCUAGGUGCAGCUUAUCUGAUGGGUAUUGUUGUUGGACAGAUGACCACUGCCCCAGUCUCUACGGGAUCACUGCAGGUGUCUGCUGAUGUUUUGUCAGCUGCUCCAAGUGCAACCGCUGUUGGGGUCUCUACGGUGUCAACUACAGCUGACACAGAAACACUGUCAGCCACUGCAAACCCUACAGAAACUCCAAGGGUGCUCUCUGCCACAACAGUACCUGCUGAGGUUUCAUCCACCACCCUAACUGGUACAGCAUCCACCAUUCCAAAUGGGACCACUAUUCAGGCUUCUACAGGACCAACAUCAGCUGUGACCGAGUUGGCUGGGGUAACAUCAGCUACCUCCAAUGGCACAGCAUCUACCAGCAUGUCUUCUACUGCUCCAAAGGUGUCAGCCUCCUCUGGGGUUCCAUCAGCCACUCCAUUCGCAAGCACUCCAGAAUCCACAAACUGCAGUGUGGUGAAUGCGACGGCCUGCACACCUUGUUCACCAGGAACAUUUCCCAGCAAGGAAGCGUUGAGUUGUUUCUGCUGCUCAGAGGGUACCUGUGCAGACCCUGUCGAUUGUGUAUCUUGUCCAGUGGGUCAGUAUCAGCCUCUAGCCGGAAAACUGUCAUGCCUGCUUUGCCCACAAGGAUAUUACACUAAUUUAACAAGAAGUGAGGCAUGCCUGCCCUGUCACCCUGGCUCUUAUUCCAAUGCAUCUGGGGCAUCAGCCUGCAGCCCAUGCGGAAAAGGAUAUUUCAGCUUCCAGCAAAAUUCAGCAUUCUGUCUCCCCUGUCCACUAGGAUCAUUCUGCAAUACUGCCAACUGCAGCCAGUGUACAAUUUGCCCCACAGGAGAAGAGGCCCUUAGAGAAGCAUCUGAAGAAUGUGCACCUUGUCUGCCAGGUACAUAUAAAGGCCCCAGCGACAGCAAAUGUGAGGCCUGCAAGAUCGGAGAAUACCAAUUACAAAGGGGCAAGGGAAACUGUGACAAAUGCCCAGAAAACCAUUACUGUCCUAGCCCAGAUGUGAAUCCAAUUCUGUGUCCUCCUAAUGCAUUCUGCCCAGCUGGGAGCAGUCAACCACAGUAUUGUAUGGAAACAUUUCUUUAUAAGGCAGGAAACUCUUGUGAACUGGCUCCUCUAACCAUUGUACUACUAGCCCUUUCCUCAGCAGGCGCAGUCCUUCUUGUGUCUUUAAUAAUUCUGAAACAAAGGCAAGAAAAUGUCAAGAAAACUUUAAAUGCUCCAUUACUAUCAAAAGGAGCAAGACAACACACAACUUAUGGUGUAAUGGGGCACACACAACCAGUAUACGCUGGCUGGUAGUUCAAUAGGAUUGCACAGAAUAGUAAAAGUCUCAAACAUUUUCUUCAUUUCUUUUCUCAUGCCUAGUGACUUGACAGAUGUUUAUUUAGGACUGUAUGUAUGGGCAGAAUGUAAGACAUUAUUAAUCCAAGAGGAUUUGUUUGUGUAGCCAAAACAUGUAAUUAUAGCAAUGAAUGAUCAAA